GGGAGAAUGAAUACAGUCACAACUAGCGUGGGCGGGGCUAUGUUUACCCCAGGCCGUCCAAUCGGGAGAGUGGGGCGUGUCCUAGUGGAAACGUCGCGAGAGGCGGUGAAGGUUUGGAGAGGCAGGCAGGCAGGCUGGCGGAGCGAGCACAGUGGCUGCCAGAGAAGUAUUGCGAGUUGAGGCUGUGAUGUGAUGAGUCCCGCUCCUGCCCGGGUCAUGGCUGCCUCCCCGGGGCUGUGCGGGCUCUGCCUGCUCCUGCUGGCCACGCUGCUCCAGGAGACUAGCGGUGAGUGCUAUGUGGUGUCCUGGGCAGGAAACAUGGCCGUGGAGGAGGGAGCAGGGUGUCCCCCAGCCAGAGUGUUACUGAUUUACUGUGACUGCAAGGCUGCUCUAGGGAACCAGACAGCAACAUGAGCUCACUGCUGUCUUCUAGGAGCUUUACUGUGCCCUGGGGAGCUUUGGAGUGGGAAUCAGUGACUUCUUAUUUAGAGUAUGCUGAUUGUUCUUUAUUAGAACACCCGCACAGGAAUGCUAGGAAACAGAUGUAAAUAAAAGACCAGCUAUCCCACAACUAAUUAUGGGAGUUGUAUCUGGGUAUCUACUAUUAAGGCUCAGUUGCCCUAUAUGUUGAGGGGCAAGUUAGCUCUUCUAUAUUUCUUUAAUGCUGGAUGGUAUGCAUGGGAAAUGUAGGUCACAUCUGUUUAAAUGACAGAUAUUUAUUUUUAUUUAUUUUUUGCAGAUGAAGAAAAAUAUUGUUUCUCUUACACAGAGGCAUUCAGUAAAAAGUGUUCGGAAGUUUGUCUGCUUUGGAAGCCAAGUUUAUAUAGAGCUCGCUGUUUAAUAGUUAUCUGGCUUUAAGCCAUUAUAAAGGGGAUUUGUUGUGGGAACCACUUGGCGAGUUGCUGAGAAGUGGUUAUUUCAGUAAAUUCAAUUGAUAUGUAUACUGGAGUUUGGUCCUUUACAAUUACUGCCCAUCCCUGAAAAAUGGUGAUACAUGGCACAUUGGAAUUCUCUGUGCGUUUGAAAGCUUAUUUGUAUUUUGGUCAAGCAUUUUAAUCUAUCAAACUCAAGGAAUAUCAUUUGUAGUUACAAAGAUCCACUAUACAUGAUUUGAUAAUGUUAUGUGUAAUAUUGAAUAUUUCUAUCUUGAGUAUAUAUCAGAUUCAAAAUGUGCCCUUUUACCAUACUCCAAACAAACAAAGCUCUGAAGUUGAUGUAAAUUGUCAAUUAGGCUCCAUGUGAAUCUUUCCUUGUCACAUGACCUAAAAUGCCGUGAAUAAUAUACAAAUAUAGCAGCUAUUCAUUAUGGCUUCAUUUAGGCUGUGAAGCGUAAAAACAGUUGCAUCGCAGGGAGUUGCUGUGAUGCUGCCCAAAUUUGAUGCUCCUGAGAUAUAGACCCGUACAUGCAGCAUAAAUCUUGCCAGGCAAAAAUAUUUAAAAUAUUUCAUCUGUGCUUCACAUUGCCCAUCUGUCACGUUAUUUUUAUGUCAAAAUACAAAUGUGCAGCAUUUCCCUUUACCAGUAUUUUAGUGCCUGAAUUUUUUUAGUACAUUUGCCAUGGGAGGUAUUUGGCAGCGAUUGCCAUAUCAACUUUCCGUUCACAAACAUGAACUUUAUCCUUGCCAUCUCUGUUAUGCUAAAUCCCCUAAUGUUACUUCCCAUGAAAAAAGUGCAGCCUUGCAUUUGGAAGGUUUUCAAAAGUUGGUUAGAAAAAUCUUUCAAAACAUUAAACGUUUAUAAAUUCUUUUUAUGCUGAAAGAGUAUGCUUUGCACAUGUGCGUGCAUGUGUUAACACCCCUGGCACUCAAAUGGUUAACCUUUGUUCAAAUGUAUUUGUUUUAGUAGCAAUUGACCUGCUUUUAUAGUCCUUUUAAUAAUGGCGUGCUUCCAUUAUCAUUAAUAUUUUAUUGGGAUUGUCUGGCACAUUAGCCAUUAAGAAAUAUGUUGUUUUUUUUUUUGAAGCUUUGGGGAACAGCGUAUCUGUGUACCAUUUUUAGAAAAUUGUAUUGGUAGUGUACAAAUAUAUUGGCUAUCAGUUGGUGUGUGCAUUGGUGCUUGUUGGAUAUUCAUUAAAAUGCUUAAUUGCGUUGAUUGUAACUUGGUUAGUUGUGAAAUCUGAAUGUUUCCUUAUUUUCAUGAAUAACAGAGCAAGCGAAUGUCUAUUUUAUCAACCGACUUUUAGCUUUCUAGGAACAUGUCUUUGCGCUCUUCCACAGUGCUGUCUUUCUAGCUGGGAGUGUUUGUGUAUGUAUGCCACUGCAGAUGCUCCCUCCAGUCUUCCAGAUUCCUGACCCACAAACAAAGGAAAACUGUUCACAUCUUGAAUCUGCUACAGAUAGAUUGGUUUGAUGAAAGAUAAAUGUGCUAUGCCUUUUGAUUUUUUUUUUUUUGUAUGUGUAUUUUUUUCAAAUUUUUUUUUCUACCGUAUUUAUGUGGGUUCUAUCAAAUCACUAAGAAAUGAUCAAUCUCAAUGGAGUUUUAACAUCCUGUGAUUCGUGUUGGUUGUGUAAUAUGCUAAGAUUUUAUCGUCUUAUAUUAUUUCAUUUGCAAUACUAUGUUCUGUUAUAUUAUGACAGGAAAAUUGUAUUUGGAUUUCUAUUUCAACAUCAAUGUGUUAUUGAUACAUAUUGCAUAAUUAAAUGGCUUAUUUCUCUGUGCAUAUGUCAUUCAUGUUGGUGUGCAUUUCUUGUUUAAAAGAAAUUGAUCUGUUUUAACAAUGGGAAUAAUUGUAUCAUAUUUAUCUUCCAAAAUGCAUCUCUUUUGCCACAGCGUUUACAAUCCAAAUGGUUGCUGCAAUACUGGCGAUUCACAUAUGCACAAUACAUUUAAUUUUGAAAUUCCUUUGUUUUGUAGAAUAGUUGUAAAUAAUUUCUAAGACAUGAAUAAAAAUUUUUUUUAUCUAUCUAUCUAUAUCUCCACUCAAGUUUGGUGUGCUUGAUCUAUUGCUGCUUCACAUCAUACAUCUUUCUACCUACCAUAAUAUUUUUUUAAAUAUAUAUAUAUUUUUUUUUUUGAGUUUGCUUUCUCUAAUACAGUAAAUCAUGGAAAUGUGAAUGGUGUAGCAUGAUUGACUCCUUGGUCUCUGUUGAAGGCUAGAUGAGUCACAAUCAUUUAUGUCAUUAAUUGCUAGUUUUCUUCAGUUCCGUAAAAGAGAACCUGCACAAUGUCAUUUUCUAUACUCCUUAAAAAGAAAAUAUCUUGGGUGCUGCAGCAGUCUGAUAUAGGUUUUUUUUUUUUUUUUUUUUCUUCUUCAUCUUGUGAAUAAAAUUCAAGCUAGUUUAUAUUUGUAUCAUAUGCUCUCCAAGUCUCAUAUUAAUUUGUAAUGGCUUUGUCCAUAUUAAAGUCACACUAGACUUGCUAUUUACAAAAUAAAUACAAUCACUCUUCAGUAGAUACACCUGAAAUAAAAGCAUGCGUGCAUUUAAUUCUACAUUUUAUCAUUCGGGCUAUAUUAAAACACCUUGCAAAAACCUGCAUAUCUCUUGUCUGCUGCCUUUGCACACCCUCUCCUCUUAACCCCAACCAGAUGUUCUGUGACUGUCCAAUCACAGACUUCCCAAUGCAGCUCAUUGAAACGUCUUUGCAAGACAGAUGCUCUAAGCCAGUGAUUGCAAACCUUUUUGAGCCCGAGUGCCCAAACUGUAAUAAAUGCCAACUUUAUUUUCCUCAAAGUGCCAAUACGGCAAUUAAACCUGAAUACUAAGGUUGAAGUUUAGAAAAAACAACUCGUACAGUUGUCCGAACUAAUUAAAAUCUUUUUGUUUUAAAAGAACACAACAACAGAGUUCAAUGAUACAAAUUUUAAAUAAUGAUAUAAAUAGAUAAAAUUAAGCUUAAAUUUAUUAGUAUCUCCAACAAAUGCAAUUCAGGUGGGGGGUGUGUGUGUGUUUGGGUGGUUGUUUGGUGGUGGGGGUAAAGUUGAUAAAGAUACAUAAAAAAAAAAAUAAAUAAAAAAAAGUCAAAUCUUUAUCCCCCUUCCCUUCUUCUUACCUUUGGUGAACAAGGGGGACACAGCCAGCCCUGGUGUUCGGUGGUGGGAAGUGUGUGCCUGGCUGCAGCUCUCCUGUCCUCCUGCUCAAUUCUGUGUGGAGCGUUUCCAUAGGAAUGUACAGCAACGCUCCACACAGCCUGCUCACGGGAGGAAAGGAGAGUUGCUACCCAGAUCCGUCCUCCCGACACUGAAGCAGAGUAGGCACCUGCCGUUUUGGACAGGCUGGUGCCAACUCUGCAUUGCUGCCUCCCCCGGCGACUUAUGGCUGCGUGUCCACAGAGAGGGCUCAGCGUGCCAAAGGUUUGCCAUCACUGCUCUAAGCAAUUGCUGCCUCGAGUUAAGCUCUAAUGAGCUACACAAACCAGGAGGUAACAGGACCUGUUGGUCUGCUUGAAAGCUAGGGUUAAUAGGGUUUUGGGCACGCUCUUCAUAAAUUAAAUGAACAAUCAAGGCACUGUAACAGGGACCAGCAACCUAUGGCACUUGAGCUGCCUUUGCAUGGCACUCCAGGCUGCUAGAGCCAAACAGGCUCUGGCUUAUAAGGAGUCCAAGUAGAACUUCAGAUAUUUGGUAGUGCACACCGAGCAGUGAGGCACAAUCCUCAAUUUAUACAUACCGCACUUGUAAAUGUGAAUUCCCCACUGGAGUAGAACAACCCACAGCAGUUAUCACAGAUCCUUCCCUUGACCUAUACCUGGCCAGUCCGGUCCCCACUGGACACCAGAGAAGCCACCCACACUGCUAGAUCUACACAGAGCUGGAGAAUAAGCCUCCCACUCGUACAAAUAAUACAAACAGCCCACUGACAAUCCACACACACACAAACCCAUUUGCAAUAUCACAAGCCGACACAUACAUACAUACAUACAUACACACACACACACACACACACACACACACACACACACACACACACACAAUUCCACAAGAAGCAGCCAUACACAGCCAACAUUCAUAUGUAUCAUACACAAUGCCACAGACUACUCAUGGUCAUGUACAAUAUAACAGCCCAAAUACAAUGCUACAAAUGAACUGAAGCAUCCUUAAAUAACACAAGCAGUGUACAGCAACAUACACGCAUCAAUUUAAAAAGUAAAUAAAUAGGAUCGGCACGUCAAGGGACUUCAAGAUCUUUUUUUUAUGCACUAUGACCUCAUCGAAACACACUUACCUCAAUGAACUAAACCGUUCUCAGACUGUUUAACUCCAAAGUUGCCUCGAGCGUCAUUCUCAACUCCCCCCAAAUGGCAAAUUUUUUUAAAUUUCAGUUUCAAGGUGUGCGGAGUGCUGCCGGGCAGGAGUGCAGUCAGCUGAUGCGCUCAGCCAAGCAGUGACUCCCAAUUCACAAAACUGUCUUGAAAAGAAAUGUAACUUUUUUUCAAGCCAGUUUUGUGAAUGGGGAGUUACUGGCUGAGAGCAUCAGCUGACCGCGCUUGGUAAAUCAGCGGCGGCACUCCACACUUCCUAACACUGAAAUUUCAGAGCCCAAUGCCUUCUGAGGGAAUUGAGAUCGGUUUUGGAUGCAACUUUUUGAGAACGGUUUAACCCCUUCUCGGUCGGUUUAAGGUAAGAAUGCGCCAGUGGGCCUCCUGGCACCAUAACUUAAUUUAGAUCAAGUUGUUAUGGUGGCUAAAGGUACCUAAACUUCCCUUUUGAGAUUUUCAGAAAGCUAAAGUGCUUUACAGGGUUCUGGAGUGUCCCUUUACGCAUUUUAUUUAUUUAUUUUUGUUUUAGUUGAAUAUUUUUUAAUUGUGCACACGUCUGUAAAUAGCAUUUACUUACAUUUUAAUUGUCAUAUGUUUUUUAAACUAGCAGCAUGCCCAGUUCUCUCACAAAAAUACACUUGCUCAAUAUUCUUUAAAAAGCAUUGGGGCCUUGCAUUUCGAUCAGUGCAGCCUCUGGCAAACGUAAGCUAAUUCUAUACAUAUCCACAAAGCACCCUGCCCCCAGAUAUCCUCCCAGAUUCACUGUGACCUAAUUUCAAUAAUAUUGGCCUUCAUUCAUAGCCACUGACCUACCCUGGCAUCCUCAUUACUGUACAGUCUCCUUCUCUAAUUCCAUAUACGGUAUAUCAUAUUAGUGAGGAUUUUUUAAUGGACCACACAGUUCUUGAUUUAAAUGUAGUUUUUUUUAAUUUUUAAUGUGCAAUAAGUUUAAAGGGAUGUUUUAAGUUAGCAUCUACGGUUUAUCGUAGUGGUUAUUUUGCAAGGAGACUUUUUGUGCUUACACCCCAGUUUUUGGUAACUAUUUUUUAAAUGUCAAAAAACUGGUCUGUUCUGGUACUUGAAUCUCAGUUCUUUCCAGACCGAUUUGAACUACUUCAUAGUCCUUCCCAGUACUCACAGCCUGUCAUUAAAUUGGUGCUUUUAUAGGAAUUAUCUGUUUAAAUGUUACUAAAAUAAAAAAAUAUUAAAAGCAUUAACAAAAUGGGGGGGUGGGGGGGGAGGAAUAUGGAUAUAUAGUUACGGUGCCAGGAGGCUCCUGGUGCCUGCUUACCUGUUUAGGGUUUAAACUGUUCUCAUAUGGUUUAACACCAAAGUCUGUGUUCCAGCGCUGGAUCUACUUGUCCCUCUGUUCUUCUGUUUGCUCAAAUUCUGGAUACAGGAAGGCUCGGGAAGUUGCAUUGCUAAUGCAACUUCUCCCUCAUAAAAAUGGCCUUAAAAGGGCAAGUUCCUUUUCACAACAGUUUUCUGAAUGGCGUGUCAUUGGCUGAAAGCAUCACGUGACCGCUCUCAAUAAAUCAGUGGCGUACCGCUGCCCAAACGUUCCUGUUUCCAGAAUUUGAGCAAACGGAAUAACAGAGCGUCGAGUAGAUCUGGAGCUGGAAAACAGACUUUGGGUGUAAACUGUUUGAUUACUUUGCACAACCAGAUCCAAGGUAUACUAAUGGACCACUAUAGGCACCCAGACCACUUCAACUUAAUGAAGUGGUCUGGGUGCCUGGUCCAGCUAGGUUUAACCCUUUUUGCUGUAAACAUAGCACUUUCAGAGAAACUAUGUUUACUUAUGGGUUAAUCCAGCCUCUGGUGGCUGUCUCAUUGAUAGCCGGUAGAGGAGCUUCUCACUGUGAUUUGACGCCAGCGUCCAUAGGAAAGCUCUUGCCGUGCAUGCGCAUUCAGCCGAUGACGGAAGAAGAGGGAGGAGAGUCCCGGCGCUGGGAAAAAAGGUAAGUGAUUAACCCCUUCCUCCCCCUUCAGCGCCACGGGAGUGGGACCCUGAGGGUGGGGGCACCCUCAGGGCACUAUAGUGCCAGGAAAACGAGUAUGUUUUCCUGGCACUAUAGUGGUCCUUUAAUCUCCUCAUUUUCGCUAAGCACAUCCCCCUCCUUCUGCAUAUCCAGGUUACUAACAGGUUACUACCCCUUCCGCCGGUGAAGACAGCAUCAUGGGGCUACUGGCUCGAGAUCUCUGACUCGAGGCCAAGUCACUCCCUGUUAAGGGACUGCUGGAGCACCUGCUGUUUUGUUGCCGCCAGCUGCGGUGGCUCUUCAGCCGCCGUAGCAGAUGCAGGGUAGUAUAUCCAUUGUGAUCUUUAUCCCAAACGGGCCUAAUGUAGCCGGUCCAGGUGCUUGGCUGAGGGGUUCGCCUUGAAGGGGCGCACUGUCUUCUCGCUGCUCUUUACUGUGCUCUCCUUUCUGGCUCUGAUAGUUAUUGAAGGGAUACCCCAAGCAUCAAUUUAUUAUUGAUUCUUACAGACUAGCAAACUGUAUUCCUAAUGCUAUAGGUCCAGCUCCCCUAUACCCACCUGGUGAUUUAAAAGGUUAACAACACCUUUUUCACUUACCUCUUUCUAGGGAUCGACCGAUUAUUGGUUUUGACGAUAUUCCAAAUUUAUUAUUAUUAUUUUUUUUUUUUUUUUUUUAAACGAAUUGGUGUCGGUCGAUAACUACCGAUUAAUGAGGUGGGCCGGCGCGUCCAUAAGGCGGCACAGCAGCCGCCUUGGGGCGCUAGAUUGGAGUGAUCGGCAGGAGGUGGUGGUUCCUGUACCUGGCCGGACUAAAAGGAAGAGCUCACUGAGAGAGCACUUCUUGCAAGUCCGGCUGGGUACAGGAGACUGAAUCUCCUGUACCGUGGGAAACAAGACGGGCGAAGUUGCACUUUUGGAGAGGGAGGGCAGAAGGAAAGAACAGGAUGGGACCGGGAAGGGUGGGGGGAAGAACAGGAUGGGACCGGGAGGGGAAGGAAAGAACAGGAUGGGACCGGGGAAGGGAGGGGGAAGGAAAUAACAGGAUGGGACCGGGGAAGGGAGGGGGAAGGAAAGAACAGGAUGGGGCCGGGGAAGGGAGGGGGAAGGAAUGAACAGGAUGGGACCGGGGAAGGGAGGGGAGGAAGGAAUGAACAGGAUGGGACCGGGGAAGGAAUGAACAGGAUGGGACCGGGGAAGGGAAGGGGGACCCCUGCAGACUUUUUAGCCAUCAGGGUGGAUCCAACGGUCUGUCUGCCUAAUUGUCAACGAAAUUACGGUUUUAGCCACAGAUAGGCAGAAGGCUAUACUUAUUAAAAUUGAGCCUAAGCUAGUGAAUCUAGCUAUAUCAGGGCCACAGGCAAAAGUCCUCCUGUUUGGAGACCGCUUUGUGAAGGAGCUGGGUUCCUAUGUAGGGACGUUCACGGCAUUAGAUAAGGUGCAAGCCAACAUGAAACGAGUGUUCUCCCAGAGAGUUUUUGGCGGGGCUGGCAGAUAUGGGGGCCAUCUGCCCAGCUGUUCAUACCGAGGUUCUCAUGGCUCCAUGCACUCCAGGUUUCAGGCACCGGAGUCCAAAUCCAUCUCAAAGUUUUUCCAGGUUCGAGCAGACCUUGGCAAUCUCGUAGACCCAGAGGUUCUUCCUAAGGCUGACUGCCUUAUGGUAAGUACAAUUUCACACCAAUUUUAUUCUCUUUCCGUGGGAGGGGCAGAGUAAGUCAUUUUAUCAAUGCUUUGCACAGACUAACUGCAGAUGCUUGGGUCCUCCAAACUGUCUUGAGUUAUUGAAUAGAUUUCGUUCAUUACCCUGUUCAGAGGUGUCUACCCAACGGCAUUGUAUUCUCCACACUCACGACCGGUUCCUGGUGUCACAGGAAAUAGAGGCCUUAGCAUCCAAAAGUGCAAUCUCGGAAACUCACCCCCAAAAACUCCAGGUUUCCUAAGCAACCUCUUCCUAGUCACCAAAAAAGGUGGGGGACGUCUGACCAGUAAUCAAUCUACGACCCCUAAACGAGUUUGUAGAAUACCACCAUGAUGGAAGGUAUUCAUUCUCUGAGACCUCGUCUGAGCAUGGGAUUGAAUGGUAAAACUCAACUUGCAAGACACAUACCUCACCGUCCCGAUGGCCAAAGAUUGCCAACCAUUCUUCCGGUGGGAGAAGACCAUGUGGCAAUUCAAAUGCCUCUCUUCUGCCCUGCGUUGUUUCACAAAACUGCUGAAACCAGUGGUCUCUCUCCUACGCAGCAGGGGAGUUCGCCACAUAAUAUAUUUGGACAACAUCCUCUUAAUAGCCCAGAGCCCUCACUGGCUUCGCGAACACCUGUCUUGGACGAUGACUCUCCUGAGCAAUCUAGGUUGCUUGAUAAGUUGGGAGAAGUCAGUUCUCAAACCUUCUCAAUCAAUCAAAUUUCUGGGAUUCACCAUAGAUUCCGUAUGUGGGGUGCUUCUACUGCCACCCUCCAAGGUCAAGGCCAUAAAGAAAGAAAUAUGUCACAUGUUAGCUAGACCUAUCCUAACAUUGAGACAACUGUCCAGAAUCAUCGGCCUUCUCUUAGCGUCUAUCAAGCCAUAAUCCGCGGCCCGCUACACUAUAGGGCACUUCAACAGUUAAAAAACAAACUCCUUCGCUUGGGUCACUCGUACUCGUACUCAGACUGUGUUACUCUCGACUGCACAACCAAGGAGGAACUCUGAUGGUGGUUACAACACAUGGAGGCAUGGAACGGAUGGGCAAUCUUUGGAACAACUCUGGACUUCGUCAUAGAAUCGGAUGCAAGUACGCUCAGCUGGGGCGCGCGCUGCAGUCUUACAUCCACCGGGGGGGAAAUGAUCCAUUGAAGAAAAAAGAAUGCAUAUUAAUUGCCUCUAGUUAUUAGCAAGCUUGUUUGCCCUAUAGAGCCCUGUGGGUGUAUCAACCAAGAUUGUUUCAUCCCAAAUGUUCCAAGAACACCUCUGGACCUCUUGCCGGGAGUUUGGGCUCCGGGAACAAGGAAAUCGCAUGCCUGGAACUCAUUGGAUGGUUGGUGCGUGGAACAGCACGUGGAUCACUUAUCUGCACCUGUGAGUCAUGUCUUGGCUUUCCUCACUUCACUUUUUGAGCACGGCCUAGCAUAUGGAACGAUAAAUGUAUAUAGAUCGUCCAUUUCAGCGGGUCACCACAGUUGGAACGGAUUCCCUUCAGGUAAACAUACCUUAGUAUGUUGACUCCUUCGUGGCAUCAGAUUUGCACGCCCACCACGUCCUAAGUACUCAUACUUAUGGGAUGUGAAUCUGGUUCUCCGACUUAUUGAAAAUUGGCCUGCCUCAAGGAAUAUGAAGAGAGGACGCUUCAAUAAGUGAUCCUAUAUAUCCGGAUCUGUUAUUAGCACUCCGACGUCCACAUCAGCCUGUUUCUACGGGCACCUGUUGACUGGAUUGACAUUAACGGACAUCGAUACAGAGCACACUCUGUUAGAGGCGCUAGGGCAUCUAAAGCCUUCUCCUUAGAAUGGAGACAGGAUUACCUCCGCCAUGACGCUGAUUGGUCCCGGGAGUCUACCUUUCGGCACAGCUUUGAACUAGCCUAAUGUGAGCCUCUGUGUCCUUUAUUAAAAUUACCAGAUUUUACAAAUUACAUGACGUAAAGUCAUGAUUUUAUUAAGGAUACGGAGGCGAGUAGCAUCCCACUCAACACUACCAAGGAGCUUGUCCAUGCUCUAGUAAUUUCCCGCAUGGAUUACUGUAACCCUCUCCUGAUUGGUCUCCCCAAAAGCUGUAUUGCCCCGCUACAGUCUGUAAUGAAUGCUGCAGCUAGACUGAUUUUCCUCUGUAGUCGGUCCUCUCACCCCUCUGCCAGUCCUUACAUUAGCUCCCUGUAUCCUAUAGGAGUCAAUUCAAAGUGCUAACCCAUACAUUUAAAGCACUGAACAAUUCUAGCCCCUCAUAUCUCUUCACUAAUCCAUAGAUAUGCCCCUCCUCGUACCCUCCGCUCUGCCCGUGACCACCUCCUGACAGCUGCUCGCACCCGUAAAGCCAACUCGCUCUUGCAGGACCUCUCGCGGGCGGCUCCUCUCCUAUGGAAUAGCUUGCCUACUGCCAUCAGACUCUCCCCUAGUCUUCAAUCAUUUAAGAAGGGCCUUAAAACACAUCUCUUCAGGAAAGCUUAUGGCCUCCCAGAGUAAUCUCUAUCUUACAUACCCGUCUCCUGCUCUCUCCUAUGGGACAGUGCUUUGCUCUCUCCUCCAGCUCUGCUUCACUCCUACUUGAUAUUUAUUUUCCUAAUGUGUCUUAUACCCCACCUCCUAUAGACUGUAAGCUCGUUUGAGCAGGGUCCUCUUUAACCUAUUGUCCUGUAAGUUUUCUUGUCAUUGUCCUAUUUAUUGUUACAUCCCGCCUCUCAAAAUAUUGUAAAGCGCUAUGGAAUCUGUUGGCGCUAUAUAAAUGGCAAUAAUAAUAAUAACAGGUAUGUCAUAAUAAUGUGGGUAUUCACUUAUUUGAACGAUUUCUGUUGAUAUUAAUGUUGAAGACUUGGAUAUACUGCUCUGUUACUAGAUCUACUGCAGAUAAGAUUUAAUAUCCAAGAACAUAUUUUACCACUUAUUUUUUUUGUCUUUACAGCCUCCUAAUUGUUUUUUCACAUCGGUCCCUCACACUCAAAUGGAUGUGUGCAAGUUUAAUUCCAAGUUCCAUUGUUGGAUUAUCCCAAAGUCGCUGUUCUUAACAUCUGGUUGGUCGUAUACUUUGGUCUUGUUGGAAUGUUUGUCUGCACCAGUACGAAAGAGGAGUGGCAUAAGGUCACAUGGGACAUUAUAGUGCAGGAAGCAUUCCUAUUGGUUAAUAUGUUGUAUUAUGGUUAAAGGACCACUAUAGGCACGCAGACCACUUCAGCUUAAUGAAGUGGUCUGGGUGCCAGGUCCAGCUAGGAUUAACCCUUUCUUCUAUAAACAUUGCAGUUUCAGAGAAACUGCUAUGUUUAUAAUAGGGUUAAUCCAGCCUCUAGUGGCUGUCUCAUUGAUAGCCGCUAGAGGCGCUUCUCACUGUGAUUUUCCCGGCCCUGGAAAAAGAGGUAAAUUUAACCCCUUCCACCGCCUAGAGCCCGGCGGGAGUGGGACCCUCAGGGCACUAUAGUGCCAGGAAAACAAGUGUUUUCCUGGCACUGUAGUGGUCCUUUAACCCUCUAGGGUAAAUGUUGUAAUUUUUUUUCUUUGUAAAUAUUUACAAUAUACUUUCUUUGCUGCUGAGGAUUAAAGAAAGAGAUAAAGCGUAAUACGCGCCUCUGUGUCCUUAAUAAAAUCAUGACUACAUCAUGGAAUUAGUAAAAAUUUUGUAAUUAUACCUAGUACACAACUUUACUUUUCUAAGUCCGAUUAUAGUUUCUUUGAAACAGAAAGUUUCUUUAUGGCUCAUUGUCCGUAAAGGAUGUUCCUGCCUUGCAAUUCAUCUUAAUGCAAUGAAAACUUCCUGUUUUGGAGAUAGGGCAAAAUUUUCAUUGUGGGGCUAAGCAUACCUCUAGUUGCUAGAUGGUGCUUGCACACUCACACGCAAGUUACGCUCGGUUCUAUCAAGUUUGACAUGUCGUACACAAGGGUGACGUUUGCUCAGGGACAGAGUGAAUCAAAGUUAAAUCACUGGGAACUCGGAUUAAUGGGAAUUUACCAAAAAUGCAAAUAUUGCAUCAAUUUGCAGCCACGUGCUAAAUAGCUAAUAGAUCUUUCCUCCCAAAUAACACUUGAACUAUAAUGUAUCUUAAAGCAACACUAUAGUGUUUGGAAUACAAACCUGUAUUUUUAGCGCUAGUGUUCCCCAACCUGCAUAGGUACCCUCCGCCCCCAAGGGGCAAAGGUUUAAUUUGCCUUGCACGCGGUGUCACCCUGUUCUCCAUGCUGCUGUAUUGCCCCUCCCCCUUCCUCUGGCAGAGAUCAUGCACGCCAAUCAUUGUGCUGCACCGAUCCAAUGAAUUCUAUAAAUGUAAUUUAAUCUGUAACAGAGUUUAACUCUUUUGUGUCUGUCAGGAAGACGACCAGAAGAGGCAUGCUACCCUGCAAUGAAAACAUAUCUGUUGCUGCGAAGUGCCAAUGUUUUCAGUUGAAGUGUUAAAGAGACAGGAACACUGUAUCUUAGAAUUUUUUUUUUGUUUGUUUUUUCCUCUUUUCUUUCACUGGGAGGCUUUUUUUUUUUUUUUUAAGUACUUCUUCUUUCAUGUGUUCAUUGUUUUUGUUAUAAUAAACCAUCACUUUUCAUGAAAACCACCUGGACUUGAAUCCGCUGAAGUGCGGUUUGCUUGUUGUGCUUUUGAAUUGUCCUUUGAUUAGGGAAGUUGUUUAAACAAUGUGCCUUAAUAUUGGCAUCAUAAAGUAACAGAAGAUCCAAGCACUCAAUGACUCCUUUCAAAGUGCAGACUCUUAAUGGAAACCGCAAGCAAGCGGUGAUGGUUUGGCCUACACUGGCCUUUGUCAAGUCAUAAAGUCACUUGCCUUUACUGUUUUGUUACACUUUUUCCAAAAAUACUACAAUGUUUUACAUUACAAGGUUCAAAGGACACGACCAUUGCACUCAGACCACUUCACUGAUGUGAAUGGUCUGAAUGACUGUAGUGUCACUUUAAAUUUUGUGCAACCAUGAGAAACAAAAUUGGAAUACUUGCAAAGAUUCCCCUCCCCCUCCAGGUAAUAUAUAUUGCAUUAGAAGAAGGUAAAAGUCUUUACCGAAAAAACUCUAUCCUCCUUCUUCCUUUUCAACCCAGUGUUCAACUCCUUGCUUCUUUAUUUGCAUGCAUAUUCAAAAAAAGGAUGUAGGUAAAAAUCUGCAUUUGCUGUGAAGAACAGAUAGAUCCUGGCAUAGACUGCGCCCAGCUUUUAUGGUUGUGGCCUGUUAACUUAAAACAAAAAAAACAAUUUUUUUGCCCUAUCCUUUGCUGCUAUGGUGAGCAAUAAAAGGAACACUCUGGUGGCAGGACUCUAGUCUCCAUAAUUUAAUUUCAAUGAAUUUUUCAAGUAGUUUAACUCUCAAGUUGUCUUCCUUGUGCCCAUUCACAGUGCCUCCACUGCACUACAUGCAGGGCACUGCAAUUAUGUGGAAAGUUUGCAUUGGGCACUGGUGGGCAGUUGUGAGAGCAUCUACUGAUUUUGCAGCCUACCACCAAUUAUUUUAAUGUACACAUUAAAACAGCAGUAGCUUGAGAAAAGCAUUGAGUAAUUUUUUUCCCUACAGAACAAAGAGGAACUGCCUUGCAGUCCAUUAGCAAAUACUCUUGUUUAUCAACACUUCCUCAUUAAUUGAGUUUCUAUAAAUGUGUGUAUGCACAUAUAUUGUGAGAAUGCUUUUGUUGGACUUCACUUCGUUUACAUUUCUGCCCUUAUUUACACAUAUAAACCACACAGACUAAGGCAGGGCUUGACAAAUUUGCUUUGAAUCUAGGAGCCAGCAUUGGCUGGCUGGCUAACCGACCGACCGCAAAUGCUUUCCUUUUAGCCAGCCGGCCGACCGAUCCCAUGCUCUUUAUGGGCCUGUCGGCUGCCAGCCUUCACUCAUUGGUGGCCGACCACUUUAGGGGCUGAAUGGGCCAACAAAUCCCUGGGAUUUGUCGAGUUUUGGAUUAAGGAAUAGCACAUACACAAAAAUAGUUAUACAUUUUACAAAGCUACUUAAAAUCACUUAUCUCAGCAAACAAAUAUGGAGCUUUAGUUCCAACAUGUGCCCAUAUCGUGUUAAGCCCACCACUACAUCACACUACAUGGCAGGGCCUAACAAAUUUGCUUUGAAUCUAGGAGCCAAGUAAUAAUUUUUUUUUUUUUUUUUUUUAAUUUAGGAGCUAGGUUUUUUUUUAAACUUACAAAGCUUUAUUUUCAAUGACAAAAAUACAAUUCUUAAAGAGAAUCACCAGGACUUCUGCAGCUUAAUGUAGUGGUUCUGGUGUCCCUAUCGGCUUUUCAAUGUACACACUGAUCUCUGCAUGGAGGUGCUGAACAUUCCCCAUAGAUAUGCAUUGAUUCAAUGCAUCUCUAUGAGGAGAUGCUGACUGGGGCAGUGUUUUACAGCGUAUGUGCAAUAGCUUCCUAUGGGAAAGCAUUGGAUUAGCAGUGAUCAUCAGUCGUGAUUCUCAGCCAUCGAGGCGGGGCCAGGGAGUGGUGAGUAUAAAUACCAUUCCCAGGUGAUCGGCGCUGGUCACCUAAACACACACGUAGGCAGGUGCGCGUACACACAGAUACUCGCCCACACACCAACAGACGGGCACUCAAUCGCACGCACUGGCACAUAGAUGAACACACAGAUACACACACAUAUAUAUAUUUGUUUUAAUGCAAUUCCAUUCCACCCAGCCUCCCUACCUGGGAGUGCUCGAGUGGAUCGGUUUUACUUGGGGUCCAGUGGGCGGACAGCCACCUGCAGUAUUGCGGGCUGGGAGGGAGCUGUGACUUCCAUACCUGUGACGUUUAAUGAUGCUGGUGCCGGAGUGAUCAUUUUCCUCGCUAUCUGCCUACAACACGUGCAGCUACCCACUCGCUUCUGAGGGACAGGCUCACCAAUACCAGGUGCCAGGACUAAAUUCCUGGUCGGCCUGGGGCAUAGGAUUUGUCAUGCCCUGCGAUAUGGCUGUUUUCAUGUAAUUGAAUCCCCAUAUUUGUUUGCUAUGACAGGUGAUUUUAAGUAACCUUGUGAAAGUUAAAACUGUAUUUGUGUGUGCGCUGUUCCUUAAUCUGUAUUUUGUAUAACUUUUCGUCUGUAUGGCAGUACCACUCUUGAGACAUGCAUGUUCUGGUGUAUCGCCAAUCCCCCAAUCAAUUUAAAUUUUUCUCUAUUUACAUGUUAGGCAGUACAAAGACAAACAGUAUUCAACAUUUUAGUCCAAACCUGGCAGGUAAAAGGUAUUCCAUAUUUUUUUUUUUUUUUUUUUUAAAUAAUAGAUUUUAUUCAUAUUAAAUUGUUUCCUGUAUCAAUAUUGAUGUGAAAGAAAGCUCUAUUUCUCCUGAACAAAGUGACGUAUAAGUGUGAGUGCACUUUUUAUUUAAAUCCCCACUGUUGCUAUGCAUGUGCACAGGGUUAAAUCCCUGCUCACAACAGGUAAUGGAUACCUGGGGCUCCCCUAUACAAGCUGGGGCCAUUUUAGUGGCCCCUUAACUUUUUGACGUGCUACAUGCAGUGCUGGAAGUCAGCGCGACAUGUAGAUGCUUAAAAAUGCAAUUAUAUGCCUAUAUCUAGAUCAUGGUAUGAACAGGGUUAAAUCCCUGUACGCACCAGGAAACCCAGGUAUCAUUGGAAACCUGGGGCUCCCCUCUGUCAGCUGGGGCCCAUGUCUAGUGGCCCCAGACUUUUUGAUGAGCUGCAUGCAGAGCUCAGUGAGGUCGGCAUGCAGCUGUUAAUGUUGAUUUAAAUCCCCAUAGACAGCAUUGCAGUGUGAGCAGGGUUAAAUCCCUGCUCACACCAGAAAACCCAGGUAUCACUAGAUACCUGGGUCUCCUCUCUGUCAGCCGGGGCCAUUUUUUGUGGCCCCAGCCUUUUGGAUGCGCAUGUAAAAAAUGCAAAAUAUUUUACCACAAAGUUUGACAUCAACUUGUGGGGAAAAAAAAUUAAUUACCUUAAGGCAUAAUAUACACCAUAUAAAAUACUUUGGAGUGUCACAAAUGGUAGGCCUUUGUGGGGCAAUUUCAACAGUCAAACUGCUACAAUGUCCCAAAAUGACACUCAUCAAAAUUCUAACAGUAAAAACUGAAAUUUUACUACACUACAUAACAGAGAUUGGCUGUUAAAUGGCUACGUAAAAAGUGUCAUACCUGUAGGUGAUGUCUGCUUUAUAUAAAUAUAUACUUUUGUGUGGCAAUUUAGUUUUCUGUGACUGAUUUUAACCUUACAAGACAAACAUACCAAAUUCUAAAAUAAUUCCAUAUUAAAAUUGUAUUUUGUGACCAAUAACUGCCAAAAAUAAACUGAAAUCAUCCUAGAAAAAAAAAAAUAAAAAAUAAAAAUAUAUAUAUAUAUAGAGAGAGAGAGAGCGCGAGCGUAAAUCAGAACUAAAUGAAUUGGUGAACUACUUUUUGUUAAGCUGCACUAAUUAUGCACAUUUUUUUUGUUUUGAAAGUAAUCUUUCUCCCACUUUAAAAAAAAAAAAAAAGAAAAUAUGUGUUUUUUUUAUAAUAGAUGAGAAUUUAUAUAUGUAUAUCUCACAUCAAAUUAAAGCCCUUUGUGUCCUUUAAAAAAAAAAAGUGUAUAUAGUGUGAUGCAAAUUGAGGUUGAAAACAAACCGCAAAAAUUGCUUGUGUCCUUAAGAGUAAGACAAGCUUCUGAACUGUGUCCUUAAGUGGUUAAUAUGAAAGAAGUUAAUUAUCGUUGAACAAACCUUUUUAGCUCAAAUUCUAGGUUCUGUUUUGGUCAGAACUUGUACAACUGUAUCCGUCCUUAAGGGGUUAAUGACUAGAUUUGGUGACUAAUUCAUGUUUUGUAUUGGAUCAAAGUUGUCUGUAGCACAGAUAAACAAAACCUGCUUUGCCUUCUGUCGGAGUUCUACAGGAUAUUGCACAGACUGCCUCUCCUACAGUAAACGAAUGCAUAAAAACAGUCCUUUCAGAGUUUUUUUUCUUUUUUUUUUUUUCUAUAGUGCACAAUGGGUGCAGUAAAAAUAAAAUUAAUACAUUCUCUGUUUCAUUUUUUUCAUUUGGUGCACUGUCAAGAAUUUUUUUUUUUUUUUUUUUAAUUCCCAAGCUUUAUCAUCAAGUGGAAAAUAAAUUCUCAGAAAUGGUUUACUCCAUGUAGCCAAACAUAAUAAGCACAUCAUAAAAACCAUAAAUACCCUAUACAAUUUGUGUAUUAAUCACCUUUAAAACUUCCCUGGCUGUCAGUCAGACAACAGGUCCUGUUACUUCCAGGUCUUUUAGCUUAGGGGAGCUAAUCGCAAGAGGCACCUGACUUGCAAAGGCUACAUAUCUCUUGUUUGAAGCCGUUUUUUUAGCUAUAUAUACACUCAAAAGAGGGGGAAAAAAAUAAAAAUUAUUUUUUUUAACACAUGGAUGAUUUAAUUUUGGUCAUCGCUAUUAACCCCUUUCAUGCUAUGCUGUCCUACAAAUGACUGGCUUUAAAGACAGGGUGGUAUAGCAUGUCCUAAUGAUCUAGUUUCCUUGCCCCCCACCUCUAAACUACCCGUGGUGCCGAUUGCCGUCGGAGGAUCCUGCAGUCAGUCUUGGUGCUCUGAGUCGUGUGAUCACAGUGACAGUUUGUCAUCGCAAUCACGGAUUGCAUUGUCUUAGUCUGUGAAUUCUAACAUUGGCUGGGGCAUUGUUCAGUGCCCCUCUUUCCUCACCUUUAUCUGAGGGGAGAGCUGCAGAAAGAUCAUUAUUACAGUGUGUCCAUAGUGUCCCCCUGUGUGUUUUUAAAAAAUAAAAACUUUUAAAGGAUUUUUAACCCUCUCAAAUAUAUUUAACCCACACCAUAUAUGUAUAUAUGGAACACAAUUUAAUAUGAAUACACCGCACAGCACCUAUGUUCAGCAUCUCCAUGCAGUCUUUAAAGGUUCAUAAGAGGUGCAUCAGUUCAAUGCAACUCUAUGAGGAGGUGCUGAUUGGCGCCGUGCAUGUGCAAUAGCUUUCCAGUGCUCAAAGAUUGAUUAUCUCUGCCAUGGAGGUGGGGCCAGCUGUGGCAAUACCGGUAUGGCAUGGAUAAAAACACCUUUUCUGUGCAAUUGGGGGCAGCUGGUCACCAAAACACACUUACUGACAGAAACACAGACACACACAUUUUCUCAUACACUAACAAAUGAAUAUAUUUUUAUUAAAGUCCACCAGCAUCCCAUGGGAGAGCAGGAUUAGAUCCUUUCCCCGGGGUUCAGUGGGGCUGCUCUGAUCCGGUCAUCUUGCUCUGCUCCCUUGCUCACUUUUUUAGUGAUCCCGGGCUGAAGUGAUGUCAUAUCCCAACUUCUGUAUUAAUUCACUAAUGGAGGAUACCUCACUCACACUUAAUAAUCCAGGUGCUUAUCCGGGCCAUUGUUGGCAAAACCCAGUUUAGUAGAUAAAAUAAAUUUGGUCCGGGCACUCAAGAUUGCUGCUGGAAGGCAGUUUUAUUGGAACAAAAAGUCUAAAGUUUUUUGUUUUAAGCAAUAUAUUGCAACAAAGUGGUCAUGAUAUGGGAUUAAAUUAACAAACUCACUACUGUGUAUACCUGGGCAUUUCGUAUUUAUCAAGGGAAAGAUGGUCAGGAUGCCCUGAUUCUGUGGGCACAAAUGACAAGAUUACGUGGGAUCUGCUUCUUCUCUUUUUUUAAUAAAGGCCAUAUAUGGAUUGAUUUAUUAUAGUAGUAUUGCUUUCUUUAAAAAUGUAUUUUGUUUUGAAACCCUAGCAUAUGGCACAGUGUGUAAAACAUGCUGCGAUUUUCCCCUAAAACCUAACAAGCGGCAAAAAGAUUAGAGAGUUAACAUCAGCUCUUCGCCACGAUGAGGUGCUUGCCCUUCGGUACACAGAUAAAAAGAUAUGUACAUGCUGCCUACAACGCAAGUACUGUCCUAGUGUCUGACAAAAGAACAGAAAUGCUUGAAAACAAAGAUCAUUGUAGGCUACAGCAAGCAUAUGGGAGGAGUAGUAUUGGCUAAUCGGUGAAUACAGCUUUACCUGAUCAACCUAUAGACUACAUGGUGCUGUAUUGGGGGGGAGGGGGGGCUGGGGGAGUUUUUACCUUGUAGCAGAAUACAGGAGACUUUUUUUUUUUUUUUUGGACAGGACACAUUAUGAAUCUCCAAACCUAUCUUGAUAUUGCAGAUGUGUAUUAUUAUAUUUAUAUAGGGCCAACAAAUGUAGGGAAUAAAUCUACAAGAUUAGAUGAUUAGUUAAAGGACCACUAUAGUGCCAGGAAAACAUACUCAUUUUCCUGGCACUAUAGUGCCCUGAGGGUGCCCCCACCCUCAGGGUCCCCCUCCCGCCGGGCUCUGGGGAGAGGAAAGGGGUUAAAAUCUUACCUUUCUCCAGCGCCGGGCGGGGAGUUCUCCCCCUCCGAUCCUCCUCCUCUCCUCCCAUCUGCGCGUGCAUUCAGCCGGUCUCAUAGGAAAGCAUUUACAAUGCUUUCCUAUGGACGCUUGCGUGUUCUCACUGAUUUUUCACAGUGAGUAUCACGCAAGCGCCUCUAGCGGCUGUUAAUAAGACAGCCACUAGAGGAUUUGAGGGCUGGAUUAACCCAUUUAUAAACAUAGCAGUUUCUCUGAAACCAUGUUUAUAAAAAAAUGGGUUAACCUUAGCUGGACCUGGCACCCAGACCACUUCAUUAAGCUGAAGUGGUCUGGGUGCCUAGAGUGGUCCUUUAAGAAGUGAAGAAAGGCGAAUUGGAGUAAUACUGUGUGUGUGUUUUGAAGAAUACAUUGUUGUAACGUCAUAUAUAAAUAAUUUUUUCUGUUAAUCUCAUUAACCACUUAAGGACCAAACUUCUGGAAUAAAAGGGAAUCUAGACAUGUCACACAUUCAGGGACAGUAUAUAUACUUUAGAAUAACUACAUUAAGCUGUAGUGGUUCUGGUGACUAUAGUGUUCCUUUAAAGGCCCACUAUAGUACCAGGAAAACAUACUCGUUUUCCUGGCACUAUAGUGCCCUGAGGGUGCCCCCACCCUCAGGGUCCCCCUCCCGCCGGGCUCUGGGGAGAGGAAGGGGUUAAAAUCUUACCUUUCUCCAGCGCUGGGCGGGGAGCUCUCCUCCUUCAUAGCGACGCCAUUGGCUGAAUACGCAUGCGCGGCAGGAGCCACGCGCAUUCAGCCAGUUCAUAGGAAAGUAUUUACAAUGCUUUCCUAUGGACGCUGGCGUCUUCUCACGGUGAUUUUCACAGUGAGAAGCAUGCAAGCGCCUCUAGCGGCUGUCAAUGAGACAGCCACUAGGGGCUGGAUAAACCCUAUUAUAAACAUAGCAGUUUCUCUGAAACUGCUAUGUUUAUAUUAAAAAAAAAAAAGGGGGGGUUAACCCUAACUGGACCUGGAACCCAGACCACUUCAUUAAGCUGAAGUGGUCUGGGUGCCUAUAGUGGUCCUUUUAAGAUAUGUAUUUUUGAAGGGAUGUUUCUAUGAAAAGUCAGGAGUUGUUGGAAUCUGAAUUGAAUCAUGAAAGACAAAUUAUCUUGACCCGUCAGUUCUGACAUGGUCUACGUUUUCCCGUACACCAACAUAUGUGUAAUCUGUGGUGCAAUGUUAAAAACCGUGUGGUAUAAGGGAGUGCCUCCAAACCUGGCUUGAAGGCUGGGUUGUGGAAUGGGGGUACAGUGAAGAUUGGAAGGACGACACUCCCAGCAUGCAGCUACUACAUGCCAUACUUUUAGAGUGGCCAGAAAAGGAGAUAUUGGGUUGCCAGUUGCAUACUUAGUUUUUGGUCCACCCAAGCUAGUGCUAAAAAUUGUCUGCCUUCCACAGCUUGUAAACUCCUGUUUUUGACCACUCUGCAAUUCUCAAGAGAUGUGUGUCAAAGCCAAACCACUCCCUUGACUUAAGCAGUGUCCGCAUAGUCGGCAUAGCUUAUAUUCCAAAUAUAUUGAAUCACUAUUGAGUAUAUUGAGGCAGAAAAGGAUAUCAACCUUAUUUUAAUACUUUUCCUGCCAUUUGAUCUGAAAACAAUCAGUGUACUUUACUGUGAUCUAUUUUUUUAUUUUUCCUUUAGGGGAUAAAUAAAAUUAUUUAUCCCCUAAAGGAAAGGUUUAGUUAGUUGAUAAUCAGUGGGGAAUUAUCAGAGAAACAGUGUUUACAUUACUGCCUAGGGACACCUCCAGUGGCACUCAGACGGCCACUGGAGGUGCUUCCUGGAUCAGUGCUGGGGGAGUUUUUCCCUUGUAGCAGAAUACAGGAGACUUUUUUUUUUUUUUUUUUUUUGGACAGGACACAUUAUGAGUCUCCAAACCUAUUUUGAUAUUGCAGAUGUGUAUUAUUAUAUUUAUAUAGGGCCAACUGGAGGUGCUUCCUAAAUCAGUGCUGGACACGUUUAGCAUCUCCUGACUCUGCAUGGAGACGCUGAAGGUUCCUCAUAGAAAUGCACUGAUUCAAUGCAUCUCUCUGAGGAGGUGCUGAUUGGCUAGCGCACAGUUUGGCUCUGCCCCACAUAGGAAAGCAUUGGAUUGGCUGAGAUUGCAAAUUCUGAGUAUCUAAGACAAGGUGGCAGAGCAGGAUGGAGCCAGCGCGGGCGGACCUGCAUGGCACCGGAAUAAAGGUGAGUUUUUAUCCUAUUUGAGGUGAUAAGGAGGGGGAGGGGACAGGGUCCUAAAAGUGUUUUCAAUACUUGUAUUCCAGACCCUUUUGUGUUCCUUUAAGUUAGUUACAUGUGAAAUAACAUUGUUUAAUAAAGUUUGUGUUCCGUGCUUAAAUUUAGUCCCGAGGAGGACUGUAGAAUUUUACUGAAGACUCUGAAGCAACACACACUGCCUGGAAGAGUAACACAGGUGAUGACUAUUUUGCUAGAUACUGCAUGGCCCUCAGAGUACUGAUUUCCCUGGCACUGCCCAUGGUGCAAAUGACUGGGUACCUCCUGAUGAUUUCACACCUGUCCUGGCAUUUAUGCUGACCUAUCUCACUAUAGGUUUCUGGAAUUUAUGCAGCUGUUUUGGGGGGAUUAUUCUUAUGGGAGAUUAUCACACAGACUAACAUGUAUGCCAAAUUGUAUCUGGCACAAAACAAUUGCCAGAAAAGAGAGAUGGUACCCCACCAGAGUGCCAGAAUUAAAGUAAUUUAGGGCAGUGACCAUGCUAAUGACAUAAUUAAAGGAACACUAUAGAGUUAGGAAUAAAAUAAAGCAAUUUUUACUAGUUUAUAUUAAUCAUUUUGUUUUUUUCAUACAGCAUUGAAAUGCUACUGCGAGCAUUGUGUAAAAGAGAACAAUACCUGUGAGACAGAUGGAAUGUGUGUAAUAACGUCGACAAUCAAAGAUGGCAAAGAAACCCACAACAGAAUGUGUCUCCACUCAAAAGACCUGUUUCCCCAGGGCAGACCUUUUGCUUGCGUCAAGCCUGUACUUCCGGGCUAUAAGACUUACUGCUGUAACAAGGACUUGUGCAAUGAAAGGAUAGAGAGCCCAGAAGGUAAUAAAAUUAGUUUUUGAACAUACUGCAUGUUUAAUUGCAUAUUUUCUUUAACCCCUUAAGGACGACGGGCCUGCUAUGCCGUCCUUAGGGAACCAGCUCUAAACACCGGGUGGGCGGCAUAGGACGUCCCUGCCGUCCUAUGUACUUACCCGGUCGCCGGCAAUCGCGGUAUGGGGACUUACCUGGGUCCUCUUCGGCCCCACUGGGCCAUGUGAUCGCGAGGUCAUUGCUAGGACCUCACGAUCACAUAGACGGCAUAGCCAGCAGGGGGAGUGCCUGUAAUGACAGGUACUCCCCCUGCUGCCUGUAAAAAUCAAGUUUAAAACAGUGUAAAAUAAUAUUUUAGAUAUAUAUAUAUAUAUAUAUAUAUAUAUAUAUAUAUAUAUAUAUAUAUAUAUAGUAUUUUAAUAUUAGAGUGUGUGUGUUUAUAUAUAUAUAUAUAUAUAUAUAUAUAUAUUCAAAAGUACACGUACAAUGAUAUUGAUUAAAUAAAUAUAAUUAUCAUUAUAUAUAUUAUAAAAUAUAAAUGUAAAUACAUUAAUAUAAAAAUGAAUGUGUAAUUUCUUCUAACUGUAUUUUAAAAUUAAUAUAUAUAUCAAAAUACACAUUGAACAAAAUUAUUUUUAUAUAUAUAUAUAUAUAUAUAUAUAUAUAUAUAUAUAUAUAUAUAUAUAAAUAUUUAAAAUAAAAAAUUAUAUAACUAUAUUUCUAAUUCUACGUAUAUAUUUAUGUAAUAAUUUUACAUAAUUACGUCAUUUUAUUAAUUACAAAAUGCGGGACCUGCCUGACAACCCAGGCCGAAAGUCAAGGGAAUUUAAUUUGAUAGCACUAUAUUUAACCCUGUAACUUUCCAAUGCACCAUAAAACCUGUACAUGGAAGGUACUGUUUUACUCGGAAGAUUUCGCUGAACACAAAUAUUAAAACAGAAAAAUGUAUUACGACGAUGAUAUCGUCAGUGAAAGUGAUAUUUUUUGCAUUUUUCACACACAAAUGGCACUUACACAGACAAUAUCAUUGUUGUCAUACGUUUUACUGUUUUGAAACCCUAAUAUUUGUGUUCAGUGAAGUCUCCUGAGUAUAACAGUACCCCCCAUGUACAGGUUUUAUGGUGUUUUCAAAAGUUAGUCAAAUAUUAGGCUUGCGUUUCAGUUUUUUCACCCCCAUGAUGGCAUACCAUUUGCAAAAGUAGACAACCCAAGGUAUUGCAAAUGGGGUAUGUCCAGUCUUUUUAGUAGCAACUUAGUCACAAACACUGGCCAAAAUUGGCGUUCAAAUUAGUUUUUUGCAUUUUUCACACACAAACAAAUAUUAACACUAACUUUGGCCAGUGUUUGUGACCAAGUGGCUACUAAAAAAGACUGGACAUACCCGAUUUGCAACACCUUGGGUUGUCUACUUUUGCAAAUGGUAUGCCAUCAUGGGGGUAAUUCUCAUUCCUGGGCUACCAUAUGGUCUCAAAGGCAACGUAACCAAUCUGGUGAAUUUCAAUAUGAAAAAACUGAAAAAUGUAACAUGCUAAAUUUGACUCUGUAACUUCCCAAAACACCAUAAAACCUGUACAUAGGGGGUACUGUUUUACACGUAAGACAUCGCUGAAUACAAAUGUUUUUUAUUGCAGUAAAAGCAAACAGUAUUAUGACAUUCACAGUUAGAAUGUCACGUAGAACUAAACAUUUUUUUUAAUUCUUAUUUUCUCCCAUUUUUUUUUAUAUUUUAAUCAUCUUAAAUUGUUUUAUACCUAAAUAUUUGAUGUUAAAUGAAAGUUUUUUUUUCUGAAAAAAAAAUGAUACCGUAUAAGACGAGUUUUCCAGCACAUUUUUGUUUUUUUUUUUGUGCUGAAAAACCCCCACUCGUCUUAUACGCGAGUCAAUGUCUGUAUUAUGGCAACUUGCAUUGCCAUAAUACAGAUCAGGACCGCCGGGCUCAUUACAAGCCCGCCGAUCCUGUUUGGGGCUGGCAGAGAGCUGUUACUUACCUUUCCUGCAGCUCCUGUCAGCUCCCUUCUCUCUCCUCCGGUCCGGUCAGCUCCACUGCAAGUCUCGCGAGAGCCGCGGGGUCAGAGCGUUGCCACGGGUUACCGUGGCAACACACCGCGACACUUACAGGGGAGCUGACCGGAGCUGCAGGAAAGGUAAGUAACAGCUCUCUGCCAGCCCCCCUCCUACACAGCCCAUGCUACUGGACCACCAGGGAAUGAGAGCCCCCCCUUCCUGGCCAGCUAACAAGCAGCUGCAAUACGUUUUCCCAGUUUUGGGGGGUGAAAUUAGGGGUCUCGACUUAUAUUCGGGUCGACUUAUACUCAAGUAUAUUCGGUAUAUAAGUGUGGGUGCACAUAAUAUGAAAGAGGCAAAUUACGCCUGAACAGACAUAUAGCACAAAUUCAAGUUUUUGUUUUUGUUUUGAUCACAACGUGUACAUUUGUCUCAGUCCUUAAGGGGUUAAACAAAGCAACCUGUAUUUAUAAACCUGAUUGGUAGGGGCAGUUCAGUAAAUGUAAGGCACUCACUUACGUGACUGCACAAAAAAAAAACACUGUAGGUAUUAUAAUCUUUUCAUUUCUCUGAACUGGUAUAGUUCCUGGAGUCUUCUUUGCACUGUCUUUCCAUUCAGUGUUAAACCAUUUUUGAAAAGUUUAGCACUAAAUAAGGGUCACUAGCCACCCACAGUCCGGUACCUACUGAAGUUGUGGGUAGAGUAGAGCGUUUAUACUUCCUUCUAUCCAUACCAAUUAGUACCAGCAAUGAGCGUUGUGAUGGGUUCAAACAUGUCUGCUGACGCUCUCAACCAAAAUCAGUAGCUUAUUGCAGUGCAGGUUAAUGCAUCCUCAUUAGCCCAAGCAGCACAAAGGGGAUGGUAUGCUGGCAACUCUUGUUUAGCAUUAAAACAUUAGAAACCACUUAAUGUAAGGUGACAUCAGAGGACACGGACACUGCAACGGCUUCAUCUCAAUAAAGUGGUUAUACUGGCCCUUUAAAGGAACUCAGCAGACUCAUAAAGCAUAUCAUCUUUGUAACAGUAUAUAAAAGUGCCGAUUUCAAUAAAAAUAGGCACUUUUAUAUUUGGCAGAAAACCUUCCAUGGAUUUUAAUAUGGCUGCCUGGAAGAUUAUCUUACUCUUAGUGUCACAGGACUAACGGAACAGUGUGUGCACUGCCUUCCCCCUUUUUCAAUGAGCUGUACUAGAGUUCAUUGUGAAGCUUAGGAAAGCCACAAUCGCAUGAAUGCAUGUGCUCGUAACUGCAGCACAGAGGCUACUCGAAGAGAAUCCUCUGGUGUGUUCCCCUGCACAGAUCAAAAAAGGGAAAAGGCUGGCAAAGAUUACAGAAUUAUACCCCAAAGAGAAUCUGCAGGAAAAAAAACAUUCUAUUUAACAAAGUAGCUUUUUCCCCUCUCUUGUCUUUGUCAAGGUUCAUUUUGACAAGUCCUAAAUUAAUAUUGUAUACAUGCACAAAAAAUUCCUUGGAGAAACGCGGUUUAGUAGAGAAGAGGAACGUUUUGUGCACCUAGUUACAGGAAAGAGCAAUAAGGAAUUAUUUUGAAUAAAGAGGCUGAGGAGACAGAAUGCUGCAAUAAUUUUUUUAAAUAAAAUAUUUUAGCGAACUUACCAUUCAUAACUAUCUCACAUUUUAGACAAAGCUAUAAAAAUUAUAAAAACAUGUUUAAGCAGCAAAAAAACUGAAAAACACAGUGGGAGUACCCUGCAUUAUUACAACUGCAAGAAAUAGCCAUGUUUGAAGCUAAAUUAGGUUCAAAAUAAAACUUUUACCUUUAAGAUGCUUAUUAAAGAACCACCCCAGGCACCGAAACCCCAACAUGUCACUUAGGCUGUUAUAUUUCCCAGACUAAAUGGGUACAUUCUAAACUCAAUACAUUUUCCAAUAGUUUCAUAUUAAAGUGGAAUUCUGCAGGUGCCAGUCUGCCUUCUUCUCCAGUGCCUACUUGCAAAUGUUCAAAGCAUUUGUGGAGCAGCGUUAGGGGUUGAGAGCAUUAGCACUGGCCUUCCAUAGUAAGUAAUUGUAAGUAAUACUUUGGAAAUGUGUGAACUUUCCUGAAGCAUUACUCUCUAUGGGUACCAAAUGUUGGCUUUAGAGCGUCAGCUGAUAUUGUGCGUCUAUCACUACCACUCCAUAUUUGCAGGCAGAGGAGAGGAAGAGGGAACAGCACCUUAGGGCACUUCACUUUAGUGUCCAUCUAUUAUCCAGUAUAUUUGAAUGAACUUUUUAUAUGUAUUUUUAAUUUUAUUUUUUAUCAACUGAAUUUUAUUUUCUUUAAUGUAGUUCCACCACCAGAAAACCAUUUUCCUACCUUAAGCCCAGUCGAGUUGGCUGCAGUUAUUGCAGGACCAGUUUGCUUCAUUUGCAUACUACUGAUGCUGAUCUUGUAUGUCUGCCAUAAUCGCACAGUCAUUCAUCAUCGUGUUCCAAAUGAGGAAGAUCCAUCACUGGAUCGUCCCUUUAUAUCUGAGGGUGCCACUUUAAAAGAUCUGAUUUAUGAUAUGACGACUUCAGGAUCUGGCUCAGGUAGUAAAUUGCUGUUUUCUAUAUAUUUUACUUUUAUUUAACUGUAUCUAUAAAGAUGCAUGCUUCAUUGAUUAUUGUUCUGUGUUAAAUUACAUUAUUUGCUUAAUCUCAUACUGAAGUGGGUUUUAAAAAGAAAUUAUGGUUUUAAUUGAUGAUCACUUUAAUUUAAGGUGCAGAGAAACUCAAGUAUGUAUUUUUGUUUACAGGAACCUGUAUGAGAAUAGCUGUUGCACUAAACCAAGAGUCUGUUUAUUAAAUACUACUUUCAAUGAUUAUCCCCUGUAGUAGUAUUGAGUGCUACUAAAACAUACUCUUUCUAGAUUAUAGGUAAACAAUAUUUUCAAGUUAGUCCAUUUAUUAUCAUUUUUAGUUAUUCAUUUAUUUGCAAUUUCAAGAUGAUGAGGAUUUGCAAAUGGUACUUUCUGAAACAUGUUAAAUAUUCCUAUGAAUUAAAUUUCUUCCUAGAAACUGAAGAGAUUGUUUGCAUUUUGUCAUUUUAAGGUUUGCCAUUACUUGUGCAAAGAACAAUUGCUAGAACUAUAGUUCUACAAGAAAGUAUUGGAAAAGGUCGGUUUGGUGAAGUUUGGCGUGGCAAAUGGAGAGGAGAAGAAGUUGCAGUAAAAAUUUUUUCCUCCAGAGAAGAGCGCUCUUGGUUUCGGGAGGCAGAAAUUUAUCAAACUGUGAUGCUGCGACAUGAAAAUAUUCUGGGAUUUAUUGCAGCAGACAACAAAGGUUUGAAUCUUAGCAUAAACUUUCUUACAACAUGUUUUACGGUGUACAGCAAAUGUUAAUAAUUAAUAUAAUAGGUUUGGCUGGUUGGCUGACUUGUACACACCUACAAAACAGAGGCAUUAGAACUAUAUUCACAAUGAUAACAUUUAUCUCCAAAUCUUCCAUAUUCUAGCCUUUAAUUGUAGAUCCUGUUAAGUGUUCAUUAGUUAAAUAAUGACCGAAUAACUUGGUUUGUUCAUAUAGGGACAUGGCGCACACACACAGUCAAUGAUACAAUCUUUUCCCUACUUAAUUGUAUUAAUUUUAGUUUAGUAAGCAAUUAUUUAGUCUUUGAUCUAAUGAAAAGGGCACUCCUAGCAUCUUGACUGCAACAGUUUAUUAUUAUUAUUAUUAUUAUUGCUAUUUCUAUAGUGUCAACAGAUUCCGUAGCGCUUUACAAUAUUAUGAGUGGGGAGGGUCUUGGUAUAAAUGGGACAAUUGCAUGAAAACUUACAGGAAAGAUAGGUUGAAGAGGACCCUGCUCAAAAAAGCUUACAUUUCAUUGUAGAGGUGCUAAGGAGUCUUUGCAUGCAAUCUGAUCAGUUUGUUUGGGGGGUGGGUCCCUUUGGACAAAAAGUCAUAAACUUCAUUCAGAAGUUUCCAGGCUUUGGCUGCUCAGAGUAAAACCCUUAAAAAAAAAAAAUCUUCAGUGGCAAGGGCAAAGAAUUUGAUAACCACUUUGAAGAUCCCUUUGGAUUUAUCAGAAAACAUGAAUUCCUUUGAUGCAACCAGUGAAAAUCUUUAUCAGCAAGAAACAUCCAUGGGUAGAACAGCGUGGUUAGGAACUUUAUCAUCUGACACUCCUUUCAAAUUGGAUAUGCCGUUUGAACAAGGCUGACUUUUUGGUUCAUCUUUAGACCAUUUACUGAAGCCUAUAGCAGAAGGUAAGAAAGCUCUCCCAUGAGAGAGGAUAUUGGAACACAAAGUUCUUCUCAGGAAGAAAUUGGCAAGAAUCUUUCUUUUUCGAGGAAAAAUACUCUGGCCCUACUAAAAGGCAUACAUUUGAAGACAAAAAUAGAGAGAGAAAGUAAAACAAAAAACUUAAAUUUCACUUGGCAAGUAGGAGGAAGAUUGUCUCAAUUUGCAAGCAAAUUGGGAGUUACAACUCAGGAUCUCUGGGUACAAGAUACUAUUCUAAGAGGAUGCAUUAUAGACUUUCUCCCCAAUCUUUCCUUUCAGCAGUCCAACCAAAAGACAUAAGGUAAGCUCUUUGCUCUACAGUCUCAUAUCUCAUAAAGAGCAUUAUAGAAAAGGUUCCAGACAAAGAGGAAUUCCAGGGAAUAUAUUCAAGAUUGUUUCUGGUCUAAAAACCUGAUGGCUCUUGCCCUCUCCUGAUUUUAGAUCUGAAGAACGUGAACAAAUACAUCACAAUGAAAAACCUCAGAAACCAUUCAGUCAGCUAUUCAUCUGAUCAGACAAGAAAUUUCAUGGCUACCCUGGACUUUAACAAUGCCAAUCUCCACAUCCACAUACCAAUCCAAAGGAAAGUUUUUAAAAUUGCCAUAAGAGAAAGAAACAAGAUUAUACUUUUUCAAUUUGGAGCGUUGCAAUUCGGCCUCUUAUCUUCUUCAUGGGUAUUCAUCAAGAUUCUCAUUGUCCUUUAAGGUGCUCUAAGGGAAAGAGGAAUACAAGUAUUCCAUAUCUAGACUAUUGGCUACUAUUUGCAAGAUCACAGAUCACCUAAACAGAAAUAUUGUGGCAGUUUCUUCUUUGCUAGAAUAUCAUGGGUGGAUUUUCAACAUGGAAAAAUUACAACUCAGAAAAAUGUUUUCUGGGCAGGGCGUAACUAGAGCAGUUGGCACCCGGUACGGGUCCUAUUUUGGACAUACCCCCUCUGCCCUACUCCCAAACUUUAAAAUGUACAAAACACCCGCAAAUGCUUUUAAUAUAUUUAACACUGAGCAGUGUUUGAAUGUAAACAUGUUUUUCUAUGGAGUAUGUGUGAGUGAAUGUAGGGGUAUGUUUGUAUGUAGUGUCAGUGUUUGAAUGCAGGUAUUCAAAAUACACACACGUAUGUCUGUGUGUGUAAAUCUGUGGUUGAGUGUGUGUAUAAAUACACACACAGAGACAUAGACACACAUACUUUGCCACAGUUACACACACAAUCAGACAUACACAAACACAAUGAAAUACACACAUAAUUUAACAUGCACACACACACACACACGCGCGCACAUACUUUUAGUAAUUAGGUGGUCCACACAGCCCUCCUACCUUGCUGUGGGUGGGCUGGAGUGGAUUCUCAGUCCCUGGUAGACAGUGCUUGCUUCUGGGAUCUCUGUGCUCUUCCUGCGAGGGCUGUGCACAAUAAGUAAAGGGCUCCCUCGUCGCCAGGCAGGAUUUUAAAGAGGGACGGUGGACCGGCAUAAUGUAGGGGAGAUCAUGGCUCCCCCUGCCACUAGAGAUGAUAAAGACAAAUGCGCUUCAGGUGGCACAAAGUGCAUGGGUCACCUGAUGGGCCCCCUCAUAGUGACACCCCCUCUUAACUGGUGGAACCCAGGGCGGUCCACUACCAUUCCCCCUGCCCCUUAGUACACCACUGUUCCUGGGUACCAUCAUAGGUUCCCUACAGAUGAAACUUUUUUUUUGUUUGUUUGUUUUUUUUUUAUACCGAAAAAUAAAUCAAGGACCGAAAUUGAGAAAUUCUGCAAAAACAGAUUCAGUACAUUAAGUAAAGUUAUGAGAAGUUUAACUUCUACCAUUUCGAUGGUACAUUGGGUCAAGGCACUAAUAAAACUGCUGCAGGCAAAUCUUAUAAAAUUAUGGAAUAUUCAGAUUUGGCACUUAACAAAAGUUCAACUUCUUUGGUGAUUAAGAAUCCCUUUUUUAGCCUCCGGAGUUUCUUUAAGUGAAAGAAAGGUCUUGAGGGUAAGGUAUGUCUUUUUGCUGAUGAUACAUAAGAUAUGUAACAUGGUUGAUGUUCCAGGAGGGAUAAGCCAAAUGGCAAAUGAUUUAGGUAAACUAGAAAAAUGGUCAGAAUUGUGGCAACUGACAUUUAAUGUGGAUAAGUGCAAGAUAAUGCAUCUUGGACGUAAAAACCCAAGGGCAGAAUAUUUGAUAGUCCUAACCUCAACAUCUGAGGAAAGGGAUUUAGGGGUUAUUAUUUCUGAUGACUUAAAGGUAGGCAGACAAUGUAAUAGAGCAGCAGGAAAUGCUAGCAGAAUGCUUGGUUGUAUAGGGAGAGGUAUUAGCAGUAGAAAGAGGAAGUGCUCAUGCCAUUGUACAGAACACUAGUGAGACCUCACUUGGAGUAUUGUACACAGUACUGGAGACCGUAUCUUCAGAAGGAUAUUGAUACCUUAGAGAGGGUUCAGAGAAGGGCUACUAAACUGGUUCAUGGAUUGUGUGAUAAAACUUACCAGGAAAGGUUAAAGGAUCUUAACAUGUAUAGCUUGGAGGAAAGACGAGACAGGGGGAUAUGAUAGAAACAUUUAAAUAUAUAAAGGGAAUCCACACAGUAAAGGAGGAGACUAUAUUUAAAAGAAGAAAAACUACCACAACAAGAGGACAUAGUCUUAAAUUAGAGGGGCAAAGGUUUAAAAAUAAUAUCCGGAAGUAUUACUUUACUGAGAGGGUAGUGGAUGCAUAGAAUAGCCUUCCAGCUGAAGUGGUAGAGGUUAACACAGUAAAGGAGUUUAAGCAUGCGUGGGAUAGGCAUAUGGCUAUCCUAACUUUGGGUUUAGGCUAGGGACUAAUGAAAGUAUUUAGAAAAUUUGGCAGACUAGAUGGGCCGAAUGGUUCUUAUCUGCCGUCACAUUCUGUGUUUCUAUCGUGGCACAUUAUCUGCAGCUCACGGCAAGAGACUAUUGAAAUCAGGAAGACUUGAAAUAUUCUUUAAAUUUAAAGAAACUGAAAGCAGUUUGGAAGCAUCUACAUUUUAAAUUAUUUGAAUUUUUUUUUUUUUUUUUUUUUAAAUCUACACCUCAAAUUAUCUUUUGUUCAGAUUUGUUCGGUCAGUUUAACAGUGGCCUUUAUAAACAAACCAGGAGGAACAAGAACCACUCCAUUAGAAAAUCUGUGUGCAAGAAUUGUUAGCAGAUUC